UGCCCACCAUGAAAACACUUGUAUAAUGUCGUGAUUUCACCGCGAUCAAACAUGUGCCAGCGGCUCAAAGUGCUGCUUCACGUUCCCCGCGCGUCUCAGCACAAACACCGCUCCUGGAUUUAGUGGCGGCGACGACCACCCCAAACAGAGCCAUUUUUAGACGUUUACUGCUGACGUUUACACGGGCUUCAAAUAGCUUCCGUUUUACACUGGUAGUGAUUGGACUGCUCUCUACUUACCCACUGAGCUAAUGCACUGAGCUGAGCGAGUCUCCACACUUCAAUGGAGGAUCAGCCCAGAGAUCGGGCACAAGACAGACACUACCAGCACCGAGGGGAGGACAGACACUCGACCCAUCGCACAGCCGCUCUGAAAAAUGAUCAGAGCCACUUCCAGCGCCAGCAUCAGGAAACGCAGACGAAGAAAACAGGCAAUAAAAAAGUAAACAUCAGUGACGUGGAGGGGGAGAAGAAUACACAUCUGUCUGAUACUGUUGGUAUGUCACAUCCCCCCAACAGCAAUGGUAACAGAUACAUCAGUAGUGCAAAUGUGAAGCAGAAGUCGAUGCAGAAGCUGUACACAACUGUUCCAAAAGUGAGCAGCAAAGGGUUGGACCAUAAGAAGAAUAUGGACCUUAAAAAUGACAAGGCCUUGGAUUUGAAUCAUCACGAGGGCCAACCUUUGGAUAAGAAAGACUCUUUGUUGCUUCAGAAUGGCGUUGUAAACUGUGGCUUAAUUACAAAUGGCUAUUCGAGCAAAGACAAUGAUGGAAGCGGUUCAGAAGGUGGAUAUACUACUCCGAAGAAACGCAAGGCCAGAUGUAACAAUACCAAGAACACUGAUAAUGUGAUUAAAGACAAGGAGAAAGACAUGCAGCAGGGCGACACUACGCAGGAGUCUGGGGAAUUUGAUUUCGAGACAACUGAGAAGGGAGUGACUUCUAGACUUGAUAGCUUUAGAGCCACCCAUAAAGUAGAAGCUCAGUCAGCAGCGAGACGCGCAGCUGUGCCAGAGGCUUCGGUGGGUGAAUCUCAGAGGAAAAGCUCUGAUGGCAAAACAGCCGGCACCUUUGGUAAAAAAAGCGAGGAAAGGCACAAGGCCAAGCUUCCCUCCCCUUCAAAAGAGGACUCCUGGACUUUAUUCAAGCCCCCUCCAGUAUUUCCUGUGGACAAUAGCAGUGCUAAAAUUGUUCCCAAGAUCAGUUAUGCAAGUAAAGUAAAAGAGAACCUCAACAAAGUAGCUCAAGGUGGAGGAGAGGCACUGCCUCCUCCCAUUAGACUGUCACAGGUCCCUAUGUCUGCUAUGAAAACUAUCACCUCAUCUAGCUUUACUAAUGGUCCUGUUUCUGGAAAUGGAAACGGCUGCCCAUCAGUGGGUACCUUCUUUGCUCCUGCUGCUAGUAGUAUUCCACCAGCCCCAUCUAUCCCAAGUGGCGAGAAUGUAGCAUCUCCUUUAGAAAGUAACUGUAGCUCUACAACCAGUCCUGUAGAUGGAGAAGCAUAUGAUCUUAGAAAGUGUACUCUUUUAAUUUACCCUUUAAAUAUGCAACCUGUGCUCCCUAGUGCUCGUCACCUUGACCCACCGGCUGCUCAGACAAAUCAGAAAGCCUUGGGAGAAAUCUUCCAGAAUCAGUGGGGGCUUUCCUUCAUCAAUGAGCCCAACUUGGGGCCAGACGGAGGAAGUGGGCAGGUGUCUGCAGAGGACAAGACAACUGUGGUCACACCUCAAAUCGAGCGUCAGGCCAGUUCAGCCAAGGUUGCCCAGCCCUGCUUUGACAUUACCCCAUCCUUCUUAGAGCCCGGCACUUUGGCUCAAGACCCCGAGAAAAGGACUUGUGCCCCUUGCAAUGUGUCUAAUGCUUGUUUUCCUGCUUGUGUGACGAGCGACGAGGAGAAUAAGUUGCAGCCAUGUGGCCAGGAAAAGACAAAACCCGAGGCCAAGGGUGCAGGUUCUGCUGUGCCAGCCCCCGGUAAAGACAAUGGUGCUAAGCCUGCACAGGGCCAGCUAACCACUUUGCUGUUUGGCUCCUCUAAAGAACAGGCCCACUCUAAAGACAUUGGCAGAAGGUCUUGCUGGGGGCCCUUUGACAUUAAAGCUGCUGUCACUUAUCACACUAAAGAAAUGGAAUCCAUUUUCAACUUGCAAAAACAAGAUCCAAAAAGAGUAGUGGUUUAUGAUGAAACCAAGGAUGGACCUGAUCAGUGAGGUAGAACUUCUCUUCUGGGUGCUGCAGUUAUCUACCUUGGAAAUCAUAAAUCCUCUUGGAUAGAUAAAGUGACAACUGUGAAAACAUUGAUCGUUUAGCAUGACACAUUUUCCUUGGAAUCUCGGGCUGAAAAACAGACUCUUUCUUUUGUGGGCAUCAGACAGACACAGACACAGACACACACUCUGGAGGGACGUUAAAGGAGCUGAUCGGUGCCUCCAACAUGAUGAAUGGACACUUGCAUCUUAAAGCUGUUUGUCUCAUGGCUCUUUAAGGAUGAUGUUCAGGAGUCAACAAAGGAAGGCGUCCAGGACGGCGCCUCCCAAAGCCUUUAUCCUGUCGAACUGCGGCAGCCGCCAGUCUGACUGUGGGAUGCCUCAGUCAUUUUUUUCUUUCUUCACGCGUUCAAAUGAGUUAAUUGUAGAUAUGUUAGACGUUAUACAUACACAUCUGUGUGCAAGCUUGAAUUCAUUGUGAACGAAAAGGAAAACACACUUUGCAAAGAAUGCCUUGAAGUUGUGGAGUAAGGAUCUUGGGAGUCCUGUUAAACUUUAAGUUCAGUGACAGCUCGUAGGUGAGGCCCCAUCCAGGAAGGGAGAACCUUGUCUUGAAAUCUUUACGGGGAAAUUAAGAGCCCAGAAAAUAAACGCUUGCUUUUUUUCUUUUAUGCUGUUUGGUCUGACAUGAGUGUUAUCUGCACUGCAGUAUGACCCCUGAGCACAGGUACAAAUAGUGCCCAAGUUGAAGUAAAAGUCUAGCCCCUUCAUUUCACUGUUUAUUACAGGUUUUACUAAAGAUUAAAAUAAAGGCAGGUCUCCG